GCAGUAUAAAAUGUUUCUCUGUCGUGUUUUUCUGAAGCGAGUCUUUCUUUUACUUCCGCGUUUACCUUCUCAGGUGUCCUCCGCCUACCUGCGCGCCGCCCACACGUGACACGUUUCCGGUCCGAGUUUGGACCCGUUCCAAUACUUUUAACCCGCCAACCUUCCCAAUGAAAAAGAGCUAGAAACCCUCUCAGUGUGAGCUCUGUCCUUCAAACAGACACGAGUCACAGAAAGCUUCAAAACAUACAAAUAAAAAAAAGCGUUUGGACUUUUUUCCCUCUCUCAGGUGAGCUAGGACGGUCGUUGUGCGCAUGUGCGAGCCCCUGCGCGGUACACCUGUUGAGGCCACUUAUAAUCAGGUAAUUGCUGGUGAAAAUGUGGUCGCAGGGGAGCAGGGCAGCAGCGGAGCAGCGGGUCGGUUCACGUCGUAUUACAGAAGUAUAACUGAACACAAAUAAUAACGAGUUCAUCCCAAAAGUGUUAUUAUUAUUACCCAUCAGCACCGACUCACCUGACACACACCUGACACACACCUGUCCGCGGCCAUGAAUCCUCCAACCAGCAGGGACGAUACGAGCCCGCCAGAGCACUACAUGCCCCACUCUUCAUCCUCAGGAGGAGGAGGAGGAGGAGGAGGAGGUUUGUAUCUGGAUGCCUAUGAGGUCUCUUUCCCCCUGGAGGAGAGUAUCGAGAGACCUCCUGCCUACCACCUGAACCAGGGUCAGCAGAUGAUGGACGAGCCCGUGGUGCAGGAGCCUCCUCACUCCCAGUACAGCCCUUUCAUCCUGGUCUCUAACCUGCGAGCUCACCUGUACGUCGCUCUGGAGAAGAACGCCUGGCUGCAGAAGCGCAUCGAGGAGCUGGAGGAGGAACGCAACUUCCUGCGCUGUCAGCUGGACCGCUUCAUCGUCAGCAUGAGGCCUCCGGAGGUGACAGAGUGGUGUGGAGACCCCCAGCGCGGUGUGAAGGUCCAGCCUGCCACCUCUCCGUCUCCUCCCUCCCCCAUGACCACCAGGUCUGGGAUGACCCUCAAACGCGUGCAGGGACCGGGACCUCGGACCCGCCGCAGCGCCGCCAUCCCUGUGAAGCAGGAGUUUCACCUGGAGGAGGACAAAUACUACACCGACGACGAGUACGUGGAGGAAGAGGAGGAGGAGGAGGAGGAAGAGGAGGACUCGUCGGUGGAGAAGGGGUCAAAGAAGAAGGGCAGAGGGCGAGCCAACGGGGAGCCGAGGAUGAAGAUGAGGAGGAUCUUCAGGAUCACCCAUGGGAGGGAGAGACAGAGAGUUAAAGACCCAGACGGGGUUUUGAUCCGCUAUAAGAAGAUCCUGACCACGUACCAGCGGGUGAGGAGCAUGUCCCGAGCCUUCCAGAUCCACGGCGUCGACCGAAACACCAUGGCCUCCACCUCCCCCAUCGCCGAGCUGCUGCUGGUGGCUCCAGAGAAGGUGGCGGAGGUCGGGGAGUUCGAGGCGUCGAAGGAGAAGCUUCUGGAUUACGCCCGGCGGUGCUACAAGACCAUGGACGAGCAGACGCACGGCAAGGUCCAGACCAUGAAGAAGACUCACAAGCUGCUGCCGAUCUCCUACAGGUUCAGAAACUGACUGACGGGAGGGAGGAGUGAAGGCCGGCAGCAGGUUUCUACACUAACUCACUAAAUAUUUAGAUUUUUAUUUAUUUCAUGUUUUUUUUUUGCACUUUUGCAACAUAUUUGUUGUUGGCAGGUUUCUGUUUGUCUGUAGUUCAGUUGUAUUGAAUGUUGUGACUGAAGUUGUUUUUGCUUCACCUCAGGAGUUAAACUAAUGCUAUACUUUAACCAGAAGAUCCAGUUUAUUGUGAAUUAUAAAGUUAUAAUUUCUAUUAUAAAGCGCACUGACACAUUUUACAACACACAAACACAUACAUUUUGCUCUUUGAGUUGAGUUGAGGCUCUGAAGUUUUACUUUUUGUUUUAUAUCAAAAGAGAUAUAUUUAUUUUCUUUAUGUUUUAUUUAUUAUUUUGUAAAAUAUGUACAUUUGAUAUGUAUUAUUGAAAAAGAAUAUUUGUCAUAUAUCUCAUGCCUAAGUUUUUUUGUUUGUUUUUUGUAUGGUUAAUACAAGGUCUGAAAUGUCACUUCAUGCA